AUGUUGGGGUACCCCGCAGUGGAGAGGCUCCGCCCUGGGCCCAUUACGUCAAUUGCAUCAAUUCAAGAUCGCGCCUUGAACCUGGGAUUACUUCUUCCUCCUACAACAUCUCUAAAUCUGCCGUCUAUGACACUCCGAACCGUCCAUCUCAUUGCAUCUCGUAAUGCCGAAGCUCAACGGGCGCAUUUUGCGAUCUUUGUUCCUGCCGAUGGGGCAGAGCAAGGAACCUUAAUCGAAGCCGUGGGCGCACCGAUGGCUGGCUAUAUGCUGGAAUUCAAACGAAAUUAUUCUCCUUCUAACGAUUCUAUCGAAAAUUACGAAAUCAUUCCGAUCGGGGAAAUUGACUCUGCCAAUAUCGUUGACGACGAUUCAGGCAUUAAGAGUGCUGAUGCGGAUCCAAGGGGUGAUAUUGAAAUCGUGGCUUCUCAAAUUCCAACGCCUGGAAUUAGUGAAAAUUUCUUGGCCCCGGUCAACGAUACGACCAACAGACGAGAUCAAGAGUGGACGAUGGAGUAUAUUCGCCACCUUGUGAGUAAACGCCUUAUCGGGUCUCAGGCCAUUCAGAUCGUGCAUUCGAAGCGGGAUCCACCUACCCAUGGCCUAGACUUCCAGCCUAGUUUGCGACGCUCGGGAUAA